AAAGUUUUCCGUGCUGGGAUGGAGCUGAUGACCCUCCGCUAGCAGAGAGGAGAGGAGGGCUGAGCCUGGAGCUGCUGGGGGAACUUGAAGCGAGCAGGGGGAGGAGAAGAAGGAGGAUUGUUAAAAGAAGAGUGUCUGUCGAGGCGCAGCGCAAAUCUCUCCAGCAGCGAGCAGAGGAGCGCGUUACUCUGAGCGCAGAGCCAACACAGAGAGCAGUCCGAGCCCGGGGUCAGGUCUAUAGAUCUACUGUAUUUAGUUUCAGAGUUCAGGGUGAGAUAGGAGGCAGCAGCUGAUCGGAAGUUUCUCUCCCAGCGAAGGAGCGUCUUACACCGAGCGCGCUCUGCGGGAUUUAGAGCUGAACCGGGACCUAUCCAUGCAAAAGCACAUGUAUGAGAAAGCGAUGGCUCAAGAGACCAGGAACGGAGGAACCUCCACGUUAAACAACAACAACGGCGUGGACACCUGCAAGAAGAAGGUCCUGAUCGUGCUCGACGUCUUCUGUCUGCUGCUUGCUAGCCUGCCUUUCCUGAUCAUUGAGACUAGCACCGUAAAGCCGUACCAGCGCGGGUUUUACUGUUCGGACGAGUCCAUCCGCUACCCCCGAAAAGAGGGAGACACCAUUAGCGAUGCGGUGCUUUGUGGCGUUGGCAUUCUUAUUGCCAUCUUCUCUAUUGUGAUCGGAGAGUGUUUCAGGAUCCAUCAGCUUCAUGAGGGAACAAAGUCCUUCGUGGGGAACCCGUAUGUCGCAGCACUCUACAAACAGAUGGGCGUGUUCCUGUUCGGCUGUGCCGUCAGUCAGUCCUUCACCGACAUCGCCAAGGUGUCCGUGGGUCGCAUGAGACCUCACUUCUUAGACGUGUGCAGACCGGACUUCUCCACCAUCAACUGCUCCCAGGGAUACAUCACCAACUACACCUGCACAGGUGAAGAGGGAGAUGUGCAGGAGGCCAGGAAAUCCUUCUUCUCAGGACAUGCCUCUUUCUCCAUGUUUGCCAUGCUGUACCUGGCUUUUUACCUGCAGUCCAGGUUCACCUGGCGUGGCGCCCGUUUGCUCCGCCCCCUGCUCCAGUUCACCCUGCUGAUGAUGGCGUUUUACACUGGGCUGUCCCGAGUCUCCGACCACAAACACCACCCGACUGACGUGCUGGCUGGCUUCGUGCAGGGAGCCCUGGUGGCGUACUGCAUAGUGUUCUACGUGUCAGACCUGUUCAAGCCACGGGUGAAGCCGGCCACGCCCCCGCCCUCCCCCAUCAAGAAGGAGCUGCUCCCUUCAUCAGAGAUCAUCGAGAGGAACAACCACCACAACAUGGUGUGAGUCAGACAGACGGAGACGCCACUUCUUCCUGUGACCGAGCAGCCAAUCACAGCGCGGCUCACCUCCCAUCAGACAGUAGAAUGUAGCGACUGAAGAGAGACUGAAGCUGCGUCCUCCUCCUACAGAGGGUCUGAGACUGGCACAGCAGAGUCCACUCUCACUACCCAGACUCCUUAUUUCCUAUAUGUUAACUACUAAUCCACCAUGAGCCCAUCACUCUGAGCACAAACACAGAAGCUAAAGAGAAGUUUGAUCCGACCACAGAGCUGAGGGGGAGAAGAAGAAGAAGCCCUGCUGAGGGAGCGUCCUCUCUGAACUCUGAGGCCUCGGCUCGCCGCAGGACAACAACUUCCUCCGCCACAGGAAGGAGAUUACUGCCGAAGACGCAGAAUAUUUACAGAAAAUAUAACUUAUAGCACUGUUUUUAAGUCUUUGUCCGUUAUCACCACUCGCUGCCUCAGACGUCUCACUGCAGCAGAGCUCCAUGAUGCUGACACCAGACCGUUAGCUUUGCAUAGCUUCAGUCCAGCAGGUGUGUUCAGACGAAAAGUGAAGGAAACAGUCUUUCUUUACUCACAGCAGAAAAAACCUGGUCCCAGGACUACCAGAGUCCUGUCCAUCUGUCUCCACUGAGUCCCAGUUUCACUGUAUCUAACAGUCAAAUGUUAGGAACAGAGAGGAAGCUGAGCACCUACAUCGGGAUGCUGGUUCAUAAAGAAUCCAGGAUGAAGACUUCUUCUGUGUUUAACAUCAUCAUGUGACUCCGCCCUCAUCAUGACCUCGGUUUGAGACAGGUUUCCUUUGCUCUCUGGUCUGAACACACUCGGUCUCCACGUCAGCUCAUCCGGCUCUCUGCAGCGGACUCUGAGUUCGGCCCAAACCCGGGAUGUUGCAUUGUUAGGGGUUAGAAGUAGGGGGUGGGGGGGGGGGGGGGGGGACCUCAAAGCCCCCCAACACCUGAGUGAGAGGCGUGGCUGUGCCAUGUCUCCUCCUGGUGUUGGAGCCUUCUGUUUGGCCUCUGGAACAGGAAGUGGGUGUGGUCAGAGGGUGGGGGUGUGGUCUGUCACUGAGGCAAGAGGGCGAAGAUUUACAGCGAAGCUGGCACAUUAUUCUGGGAUGAUUUGGGCUCUUUCUGCUGGCAGGGAGCGGCUCACACCCACACAAUCACUCAUUGGCCAUGCAUGUUUGGAUCUCAGUGUUUGUGUGUGUCUGUGUUUGUGUGUGUCUGUGUGUCUGUGUGUCUGUGUAUUUGAAUUGUACUUGUUCAUGUUCACCGUGUGUGUUCACAUGUAUGAGCUCUGUGCCCUGUGAAAAGGAACUCCCUCUUGAUAAACUGUGUCUGUCAGCUGUGCCAAGUGUGUGUGUGUGUGUGGUUGUGUGUGUGUGUGUGUGUGUGUGUGUGUGUGUGUGUGUGUGUGUGUGUUCUCUUACCUGUGGAUCUCUGUCUAUGUGUGUGUGUAUGUGUUUGUGUCCUCUAACCUGUGGAUCUGUGUGAGUGUGUGUGUGUUUAUGUGUGUGUAUAAACUCACAGCUGACUCUCUCUCUCUCUCUCAAUCGUCGCUCGGCCAUGUUGCACACUCCCGUAGAGUCCGUCCUAUCAUCAUCAUCAUCAUCAACAUCCUCAUCAUGGUCUUCCUCUCGCUCAGCCGUCUCUUUUAUAAAUAUAUAAAUAUGUAUAGAUCAGAGUUUAACGUGUUUAGAUUUACCUGCUCUGAUACACACCUGUGUUUUUACCACGUGCUGCUUGUAAAGCAUCCUCUGACAGACUUUUGUAUUUAGAAACUAAACUAAUGUAGAACUCACAGUUUGUUAUAUUCAGUAAAUAAAGACAUACAGCUGUUU